AUCGCGGAUCCCAUCCUCUUAAAGCUGCGCUGAGCUCCGCGCUCCGCUCUCCUGCCUGUCCGCGGUCCCUCCAACCAGUCUGCCUCCGCUGCAACUAUGUCGACCUCCGUGAAGCUCAGCACUGGGGCACAGAUGCCCCUGGUCGGCCUGGGGACCUGGAAGUCUCCGCCCGGUAAGGUCGCCGAGGCUGUGAAAGUCGCCAUCACAGCCGGUUACAGACACAUCGACGGAGCCUUGGUCUACGAGAAUGAGCACGAGGUGGGCGAAGGCGUGAAGGCAAUGAUCAGCGCCGGCGUGGUGAAGAGAGAGGAGCUCUUCAUUGUGAGCAAGCUGUGGUGUACUUUCCACGAGAAGUCCAAAGUGAGGGGAGCCUGUGAGAAGACUCUGAAAGACCUGGAACUGGACUACCUGGACCUCUACUUGGUGCACUGGCCCAUGGGUUUCAAGAAUGGAGACGACCUGUUUCCUCUGGACGCUGCUGGAGAGACCAUCUGUGAUGAUUCUCACUUCCUGGAGACGUGGGAGGGGAUGGAGGAGCUGGUGGACGCCGGGUUGGUCAAAGCUAUCGGCGUCUCCAACUUCAACAAGUCUCAAAUUGAGGCCAUCCUCAACAAGCCGGGCCUCAAACACAAACCCGUCAACAACCAGGUUGAGUGCCACCCGUACCUGGUCCAGGAGAAGCUGAUCGAGUACUGUAACUCUCAGGGCAUCACGGUGACGGCCUACAGCCCGCUGGGCUCCCCGGACAGACCCUGGGCGAAGCCUGGCGAUCCCACUCUGCUGGAGGAAAAAGUCAUCAGCGACAUCGCGAGCAAGCACAAGAAAACUCCUGCACAGGUCCUGAUCCGUUUCCACGUCCAGAGGAACGUGAUCGCCAUCCCCAAGUCGAUCACGCCUCAGCGCAUCCAGGAGAACUUCCAGGUGUUUGACUUUCAGCUGACCGAGGAGGAGAUGAACUCCAUCAAGGCGUUUGACCGCGGCUAUAGAUUCUGUCCGAUGCAGUGGGGCAUAAAGCACAAGGACUAUCCCUUCAACGCUGAAUUCUGAAGCGAGCAGGAUCCACCACAGGUCCACGGCUGAUUAGACUGUUAGUUCACGGCGCCGCUUCACAUCUGCAGUUUUCUAUUUACCUGAAGAUUUGAUUCCCUCCAGAGAAAUCAGUGUUACGAACCUUAUUACUGAGACCCUUGAGUUUUGAAGUCGUUACUGAAGAUUCCUAUAUUUGAUGGUGAAAAGUUACUUUUUCCUUGUGAGAACAUGCUACAUACACAUCGGCCCGCGGGUGACGAACACGUGGAAUCCUCAUGUUACGGGAUCGCCGCUUUCACUUCCUGUAUCUGCUGUUUUUGUAAAGCUUUGCAAUAAAAUCCUGUGGAA